UUUCGCGGCAAAGGAUUGGAAACUAGAGAAAAGAGGAAGUGGCAAUAACUUUCUGCCGGCAUUUCGAAAAUUUUCUUUUAAAAAUGGCUUUGUUCUCCGACCCAGAGACGCAUAAAGCUGUUGAAAACGAACUAGAGAUUGUUAAGAAAACACUGAGUGAAAAAAUAGAGGGGACCGAAAUUAUUUCUUGUCACCCGGUUGCUGUAAAUGUGCGAAUCACGAGAACGAAAUUCAAGAGUGUUGUUGUGUUGCUUCAGUUCUCUGAGAAGUAUCCCACGAGUGCCAUUAUUGUUGAACUGAAAAGCAAAACUUUACCACCGAGACUUCUAGCCAAAAUGACAGAGCUUUGUGAUCAAGAAGCUAAGAAAUUGCUAGGAAAACCCCAGGUCAUUCCUAUGUUGACGUUUGUUCGAAGAUUUCUUGAUGAGAAUCCUUUAAUUGCAUGCUCUGAUGAACUGCAGUAUAUUAAGACAAAAUUAUUAGCUGAUACUGAUCAAUUGAAAGUGAAGCAGAAAGCAGGAAUUCUCAAUAUGUGUGCCAAUCAAGACAAAUAUUAUCUUGAUGUAAAAAUAACUGUUCCAGAUGACUACCACACUGCUGCUGUGAGGAUAGAUCUGAAGGGGUCAAACUUUCCUGAGAACUUAGUAAAAGUAUUCUUGGGCCAAGCUGUUGACAUUGCAAGACGAUGUGUUGAGGCACCCUUACGACGUAGGCCUAAAGAUCCACCAUUUGAACCCAAGCCAUCUCUGAAGUUGGUGUGUGAUUUCCUAGUUAGUCAGUGUGCCAGACCAUGUCCACAGGAGAUGUGUCCAGUAUGUCAAGGAAAAGCCCUGCCUGAGGAACCACAGGAAGCUGUUACAGAUCCCACGGACCAUCAGUUUGUUGAACGUGUUUACUGUAAUCAUCUUUUUCAUUAUGGCUGCCUGGACAAGUACAUGAAAACUCCUCCUUUUCAAGGAGGGAAGAAAUGUCCGGCAUGUAAACAAGUUAUUUAUCAUGAACGGUGGAAAGUGACACCAAAGCUUGCUGAGGAAAGAUGGGCACAUCAUGAGGCCAAGAAAAGAGAACUCUCUGAGGUGGUGGACUUUUUAGGAGACUGCCUCUGACAGCAAAUGCAAUUCAUUAAUUAGCCUCUUCCAGGCAUUCAGUUAGUUAGUUGGGACAUUGCGCAAAAAACAGCGUGUGAAAAAAUAAAAAAAGCGCGGCGAGAGGAAGUUUCUGAACGCCUGGAAGAGGCUACUCAUUAAUCUGAAUUGUUAUUAAUAAUAUUUUAGUGGGCUAAAACUUCCCCUGGAAAAAAUAAGAUUUUUUAAAAUUAGGCUAACCAGAGUGCUAUUGAGGCUACAAAUAGUAACUCAGCAUUUUUACUUAAACUCAAUAUUUCCAGCUCUAAAUCAUAAUGUGGAGAGACUCCCCCAAAAGAUGGUCUUUGUAGCUCUCAGAAACAGCCUAUUUAACAGAUAGUUUAAUUUACAUGCAUUAUUUUGCACAGACAAAAUCAUGGAUUAGGCUCAAAUUAACCCAAGAAUGGAUUUGGUAUUCUCUAAUUCUCAAAAUCACAGUCAAAUUCCAAUAAGGACUUUUUUUUCUGUGAAAAAUUCACAUAAUUUCAUGUUGGCUUCAGCUUGUGAAGAGGUACUCUAGCAAGGAGCGUGGUAAAAACAGUGACACCAAGUUUCUCUUUCCAGUUUUCCCUUUGCUUGAUUUAUCCAUGGACAGUUCGUUUCACCCUUCAGCAAAUGAAUUUCCCCAUUAGAGAGCCUGCUUACAGGUGAAGCUGACUUAAAUCAGAACACAAGUUAAUCUCAUUCAGUAGGCUACUUUCGAUAUAUUGAAAUUCAGCUUGGUAGCGAGGCCUAGAGCAAACAAGAGAAAUGAACAAACAUGCCCAUUCAAGUUUCUUUGUUUUGCAUCCGCUGGGCUUUGCUGCCAAACUCAAUUAUAAUAUAUCAAAAAUAGUCUAUUCGUACUAUGGCUCUCUUUGCUUGUUUCAACAUGUUACAUAACAGCUCCACAAUGUCCAGUUGUUUCUAAUAUAAGGGCCUAAUUAAUCUACUAAGUAUUACUGAUACAUGCUCUAUAUAAUUUUAUAAUAAAAAGCUUUUAAUGCACAA